AUGGCCAUCCUCAGCUCACCGCUGCAAGUCAUCACCUCGACGCCUCCAGUGACGCGUGGGUUCACUGCGGCUACCGUUGCAUUCUCCGCCCUCUACGCCUGGCUACAAUGGCAUGGCGCUGGGCCAACGCCGUACCUUACUCUGCUGCCGGGAUCGAGUCUGUUCUAUCCAUGGACGCUAUUCACGUCUGCGUUCGUCGAGACGAACAUAUUUGAGUUCAUUACGACAAUGCUGUUUGUUCCGAUAUCAUUGCGCUACUUGGAGCGUAUUUGGGGCAGCAUAGAGACCAUUCAAUUCAUCGUCGUCACCAUUACCUUCUCCAAUAUCAUCGCCUUCGGGUUCAACUGGAUAGAAUACUUCGCAUUGCGAAAUGCAGACCUGCUCUUGUACGGAAUGCAAUAUCGCGGCCAAAUGGCCCUCCAAAUUGGCAUACUCGUCGCGUUCACACAACUCAUGCCCGAGCAUCAAGUACAAGUUAUGGGCGUCUUGAAGGCUCGUGUCAAAAAUCUCCCAAUGGCGUACCUAACACUCUCCACCGUUAUGUGCAUCAUUGGUUUCCAAUGCCCAUGGAUCAUCAUCCAAUUUGGAUGGUUCGUGAGCUGGAUCUACUUGCGCUUCUACAAGAAGAACACUGGAGACGUUACUGGUGGAAUUGUCACGUACGGCGAUCGAAGCGAGACAUUUUCGCUUCUUUCCUGGUUCCCGCCCCUUGUUCACAAACCCCUCGGCCUCCUUGGCAACACCGUUUAUUCACUCGCCAACAAGCUCCACCUUAUACCAACUACCCAUGGCGAUGUUGAAACAGGUAUCUAUACACAAGUACCUGGAAGCGCACGGGCUGAGGCAGAACGCCGACGUGCAAUGGCCCUGAAAGCACUUGACCAGCGACUGGCCAACACUGCUUCCGCCUCUCUGUCACCUAACCCGCAAACACCAGGGUCACGGCCGCCACCUGUUGCAACUCGCACAGAGUCGAGUGGCAGCGCUGUAUCGCAUACCAGUGGAAAUGACAAGACCCCUUCAGAAGUAGAUUCAGUAGACUUAGGGAAAGUGUGA